AUGGCAUCCGACGAGAUAGUCUGGCAGGUGAUCAACCAGCAAUUCUGCUCCUUCAAACUCAAACUCAACACCAAAUCCCAAAACUUUUGCCGCAACGAACACAACGUCACAGGCUUCUGCUCCCGCCAGUCAUGUCCUUUAGCGAAUUCCCGAUACGCCACUGUCCGCCCCGAUCCCUCGACUGGAGCCCUGCACCUCUACAUCAAGACGGUUGAGCGAGCUCACUUACCCUCAAAAUGGUGGGAACGCAUUCGCCUUUCAAACAACUACGAAAAAGCAUUGGCCCAGAUCGAUGACAAGCUGAUAUAUUGGCCCAAAUUCUUGAUACACAAAUGCAAGCAGCGCCUCACUAGACUGACGCAGGUGGCGAUCAGAUCGAGGAGGUUAGCAAAGGAGGAGGAAAGGCUAGGGGAGAAGAUCGUACCCAAAUUGGCCGCGAAAGUGAAGAGACGGGAGGAAACGAGAGAGAGAAAGGCGGAAAGCGCGGCCAAGGUCGAGAGGGCUAUCGAGAGGGAACUGAUUGAGAGGUUGAGGAGUGGUGCUUAUGGCGAUCGUCCUAUGAACGUGGAGGAGAAUGUUUGGAAGAAGGUUUUGAGAGGCUUGGAGAGGGCAGAGAAGGGUGAGGAAGAGGUUGAAGGGGAGGAGCUGGAAGAUGAGGAAGCUGAAGAGGGAGUGGGCGAGGUGGAAUACGUCAGCGAUCUUGACGAAGAAGAAGAGGAAAUGGAAGAUUUUGAGGAUUGGCUGGGUGGAGAAAGUGCGGAAGAAGAUGAAGACGACGAAGACGAGGAUAGCGACGAGGAGGACAGCAAUGAAAGUAGUGAAGCUGAGGAUGGCGAUGAAGGCGAGCCUGAUGUAGGCGCUAAAAGAAAACGACAAGCACCACUGCCAAAGGCGAGGAAAAAGCCGGCAAGGGUGGAGAUCGAGUACGAGACAGAGUUACCACCCAAGGAGGUCUUGCUGGCUUGA